ACCUGUUUAUCAAUAUAGAUUAUAAAGUAUGAUGACGUAGUACAAAGUCUAAUUCAAUAGAAACAGGAACUAAAUUAGAUUUCACACACUAGGCACACCCGAAGUCAUGCAUAAACAAUUUACGUACAAUAAAUCAGAAUAGUAUACUCUGAAAGGUGUAAUUUAUCUUUUUAAAAUGGCGACAAAAAGAAAAGGUGAGCUGGAUUUAGCUUUUGCUAUGGAUUGUACGGGAAGUAUGGGAUCGUACAUAUCAGAAGCCAGGAAUAACAUUGUUGAUAUUGUAAAUGAGGUUGUGAAAAGGGAAAACUGUGAAGUAAGACUAGCUUUGGUUGAAUAUCGUGAUCACCCGCCGGAGGAUAAGACUUUUAUAACGAGGAAGCAUGAUUUUACUGAAUCUGCCGAUACAAUGAAAUUAUGGCUAGAGGAAUGUAGAGCUGACGGCGGAGGCGACACUCCAGAGGCGGUUGCCGACGCUUUAAAUGAUGUUCUUUACCUUACCUGGAGGGAGGAAGCUACAAAAAUCUGUGUGUUCAUCGCCGAUGCACCUCCACAUGGUCUAGCUACUGAGGGCUGCAGGGACGCGUUUCCAAAAGGCUGUCCAGAUGGGCUGGAUCCAAUGGACAUAUCAAAGGAACUAGCUGGGAAAGGAGUUUCACUUUACGUAGUUGGUUGUGAGCCGAACGUUAGUAUUUACAAAGAUUUCUAUCUUGCAUUGGCAGACAUAACCGGCGGACAAUAUGUUCCACUCAAGGAUGCAAAUAGUUUAAAGAACAUAAUCAUAUUUGGAUCUAUUGAAGAAAUGUCGUUGAAAAAAUUUGAAGCCGAGGUUGAAGAAGAAAUAAAAGUGCUGACGUCAUCUGGAAUCGUCAUAAACGAGGAGGAGCUUUCCUCGUCCUUGCAUAAGAGAUGGAAGGACAGGGGAGAAAAGACGAAACAGUUGAAGCUAAAUUCAAAAUGUUUAGAAACAGCAAAGAAUUCUGCAAAUGCUUCAAUGAUGGCAAAAAUGGGAUUUGAUGGCGUACAAAAUGUGUUUGCAACGUCAUUAAGAGAAGCGAAAAAAGGUUCUGGAAAACAUGACGCCUCAAAGUCAGAUCCCGGUGACAUUGAUAGUAAAAUCAAGGCUGAUAAGGUGGCAGUGGUCACAAAAGCAUUGGCCGACCUUAAAAUUGGACAGAAAUCUUUGUCUGGAAGUUGGGUUAAGGUUGAUUCUGGUGACUUAGCACAAACAGUUGACUUUGGACCUGCGGAGGGUAACCAUACAUCUACGUCCAAAAAGUCGAUUAAAGUGGAACUGGGUGACUAACCACAGUCAGUUGAUUUUGGCCCAGCGGAGAAGGAGGGUUCGUCAACUGAGGAAGGGUCUGGGUACCAGUGUAUUGACGAAGGAGUGACCAUGUCUCAAACUAUGCGAAUUAUACAGAAAUCAAUGAUGAAGUUGUCAGGUAGUGGUAAAGCCGACAAGAAACUGAUGUAACUGUCCAUGUCGUAGUAACUUUCGUAUACAUUGACAACAUACAGAGAAAUCUUGUUUUGUACUGAUGUAUUGCAAUUCUUUACUUGAGUGGUAAAGUGACUUUUAAAAUGAAUUAUGACUUAACUUAGUAAUAAAUUAAACAGUCUAGACUUUCAUUAAAUUUAAGUAUAAAGAAGUGAAACAUUGAUAGAUUUUCCGCUUAUUUCUUUUUGUCUUCGCUUUCUAAAUUAGCGAGUUGAUAUCCUUUGGAACCUGGCCAAUAAAGAAAUGCGUUACAGCUGGACUAAACUAUAUUGUGGCCCUGUGAACUGAAAUGAUACCGGGCUGCCAUUUUGGGUAGGAACUUUAAUAUCGGACAGGGAACCAGGCUAUACCGGAUAUAAAUAUCUUCAUAGAAUUGAUAAAAAGAAUAUAUAUUAGAAAUAACUUUAAUUUAUUGGGUUUGAAGGACAACUUUGAGGGUUUUGAAAACAAAAACGCACCGUGGUGUGCUUAUUUUUAACACUUGUCUACGCUCUUGUCUAGAUUUUAAAGAUAAAUAUUUAAUACUUGUUUGUGUAAAUUAUAAUUUAGGAUAUAUCUUUUACUUCAAGACGUUUUGUAUCUUUUCAUCGGCAACCCAAAAGAGCAACCACAGUUGACAGUUCAGGAGGCAUAUUAAAGGCCAAUUAUGCCUCAGGUAUUUGGUAUCUUGUUACAGUUUCUAAAAACAUACUCAUUUGCUUUACACAUCUUGUGUACCUUUAGUUCAAUUUGGCAAUUGUUAUAAUUAUAGUCAAUUAGUAUUUUGUAUGGAAGUCAUAAUGCUACUUUAUUUACAUUUUUCUACCUUAACAGCACAUAACUGCAUAUUCAGCGCUACUUUUUGCAGUUGUAAAAAUUCUUACAUGCACUUAAUCCAUUAUUUAAACAUUAUAAAACAAAAAUAUAUUUGACAAUUCUACAGUAUUUAAAAUAUGGAUUUCUGAGGCAUAAUGUGCCUAUAAGUUCAAAUCUAUUGGACUUAACUCGGGAAUAUUUUUAACGUAAAAUACAGAAAAAAGUAUCUAUAUAUGUACAUGUAUAACUUUGGAAAUUUCUGUUUCAAGUCAACCUUAUCAUUUGUCCUAAAUUUUGACACAGAUUCUGUAUGUAUGAGAGAUAUGUUAAUUUAACAUAAAGUUAUAUUAAGCUAUAUGUUAUGACACGGUUUAUUUUUUCUAUUUUUUAUCAUUGUUUAAUUUAAAUUCUUUUCUGUUAAAAGAAUUGUUAAAAUGCAAACUGCAAAAUAGUAAAAUAAGGUAAAUGCG